GAUGCUCGAGGAGUCUCACGCCUAGGUGCGAGGAGAUUAUUCAAAUAGGGCCCAAGGCGUAGAAGUAGGGAUUGGAGGCUUGCCUAGAGCACAGAGCUAUAUCACAGCGUUAACAAGCAGCACGGAGCGUCAUUUGAACUCCAGUCACUGACAGACGCAUUUCACGGCUGGCUCCAUAAGACACACAUGCUCCAGUCUUCGACGAAGGGACAGACCGACGACCUAAAUACACUCAGUGGUCCCCAGUUACCUGCUAUUAGAGAGACUUUCGGCUUUCCCUCUGCUGGGAGACGCUUUGUAAAAGUCCUCCAUGAUGCUUGGAGCAGUUAAAAUGGAAGGACACGAACACACCGACUGGAGCACCUACUACGGAGAGCCCGAGUGUUACACCUCGGUUGGCAACAUGAACGCGGGCCUGGGAAUGAACUCUAUGAAUACCUACAUGAGCAUGUCCGGCAUGAGCACCACUGCCAACAUGACGGCCAACUCCAUGAAUAUGUCAUACGUCAACACGGGCAUGAGCCCCUCCAUGACCGGCAUGUCACCUGGAACCGGCGCCAUGAACGGCAUGGGCGCAGGGAUGACGGCAAUGAGCGCAGCCCUGAGCCCCAGCAUGAGUCCCAUGACCGCACAGCCCGCGUCUAUGAACGCCCUCACGUCGUACUCAAACAUGAACGCCAUGAGCCCGAUAUACGGACAGUCUAACAUCAACAGGUCCAGAGACCCUAAGACCUACCGCAGGAGCUACACGCACGCCAAACCCCCGUACUCCUACAUUUCUCUUAUCACCAUGGCCAUCCAGCAGUCCCCGAGCAAGAUGCUGACACUAGCCGAGAUCUACCAGUGGAUAAUGGACCUCUUCCCGUUUUACCGACAGAACCAGCAGCGCUGGCAGAACUCCAUUCGCCACUCUUUGUCUUUCAAUGACUGUUUCGUCAAAGUGCCCAGGUCGCCGGAUAAACCGGGGAAAGGCUCGUUUUGGACUCUGCACCCGGACUCCGGGAACAUGUUCGAGAACGGCUGCUACCUGAGGAGGCAGAAACGCUUUAAGUGCGACAAGAAGAUGAAGGAACCGGGCCGCAAGUCAGGGGACGGCGGCUCCUCCAACAGCAGCUCGGAGAGCUGCAACGGCAACGAGUCCCCGCUCUCCAACUCCUCCUCCAGCGACCACAAAAGGUCCCUGUCGGACAUGAAGACGAGCCAGGCCCUGAGCCCGGAGCACACCGCUGCUAGCCCGGUGACGCAGGGGCAGCACCUCAUGUCUCAGCAUCACUCGGUUCUUGCGCACGAAGCCCACCUGAAGCCGGAGCACCACUACUCCUUCAACCACCCUUUCUCCAUAAAUAACCUCAUGUCCUCGGAGCAGCAGCAUCACAAAAUGGACUUAAAGACUUACGAGCAGGUGAUGCAUUACUCCGGCUAUGGCUCCCCCAUGGCGGGACCUCUUUCCAUGGGCUCCAUGGCGGGGAAAGCCGGUCUGGAUUCUUCAUCCAUACCUGACACAACUUACUACCAAGGUGUCUAUUCCAGACCAAUUAUGAACUCCUCAUAAACUCUUUUAUUCCCUCAUGUAAUGUGGACUUUCUUCCCAUUCACUUUGUACAUUUGUAAAAGAAAAAGUAUAGACUUUGUGUACAAUAUGUAUUUCAGAUAUUUUUGACGUUUCCCACAGUUUUAGUUGUCGAGUUUGUUAGUAGCCUAAUUAUUUUGAGAGGAUGCUGAUAUUAAUGAUUAAAAACACUGAUAAUGUGACGGAAAUCUGCUCAGAAGUUGGUUUCAGGACUGGACCCAAAGACAACCAACAACAACUUGCUGUAAAAUAGCCUGCGUCCGCAUAACUGGACUCGUAAAUGACUCGAAAUGCCUCGCUGGAUUUGUUCAAUCAUUUGUGUAAUUCCUAUUUAUGGCUUGUAUAUGUGUAUUCUUGUAGUGACAAGAACAGAAUCUAUAUUAAAGUGUUAUUGGUUUUGUUUUCUGAA